AUGGAUUCUGAGGGAUCUAGUCCUAGCACCGAUCUUGAUGUCAUUGCCCCACCGAGUUGGAACACAGACACCCUGGCCAGACUUCGAGGGUCACCACUUCCUGCUACGUUAGAAAAGACAAGUUCCCAAGAACAAGAAGUCGUGCAUGUUUUUGAGGAUGCUACACGGAUGGACGAAAGAGUUGAUUCUGCAAAAGGAGUCGUAAGCAAAAAAUACAGUACGACUGCUCAUACCGAUCCCGUGACGGGUGCUGAAGUAAAGAUGACAGUACUGGAAAUUCAAGAAGAAGGAACUCCUGUCGCGGUACAACGACCGCCCAGUAUGUCCAGUAUAACAAAGACAAAGACUCUUCCACCACAACAACAGGUGGAUAGAGAUACAACACCAAAAAGAACUUCUACUAGAAGAAGCACCUUCAAAUGGGGUAUCGGCUUACCGUUUCUAUCGUUUUCGCUUCCGGUAGAGGCGUCGAUGCUAUCUCUCGCCCGUGCUAUUGCCGUAGCAGAACGUCAGGAUGGUCACGAUUUUGAAAUAGUGCUUCUAGGACCACGGACUGGCGCAGUGGAGAAAAUGUGGUCUUUCCCACGCGGUUGUGUUACUGGACUUAUUUAUGAUUAAGAUUAGAUUUGGUUGUUGUAAAUUUAAAUUUUUUAGAAGUGAGUCCUGUCGUGUCAAGUAAGAAAGUUAGCUUCAGCGCGUGGAGUCAGAGGUUAGAUGAAUAUGGUUAUAGCUUUUAUCCAUCUUUCUCGGCACCUUGGACUCUCAUGAAAUACAAGGGAAAUAAGGGGGUAGAGAUGAGGGGGCCAUGAUGGGCUAAGGCUGAGUCUAAUUAGAGGCAGAGCUUCGCCCAGCUGCUCUAAGUCUAGUGACGACUACUAGCAUCACGCCUUUAAUGGCAUUGCUCUAAUAUUCCGGCGGUUUCUGCACGACUACCUCCACCAAGGAGAGGAGAUCGGACGUGGACCAGCACAGUGUGAAGAACAACAACCAGCGCAACAAGGGGAAUGAAUCCCCUCCCACACGACCUACAACAACGACUCGGCAUCUUUUUUGGUGUGCUGAGAAGAGUUGCAGCAUCGGAUCUGGAGUAUCUGCAAGGCUAGCCUUUGCUUUCGACUUUCUCGCGAAUGAGAGGAAAGUCGAUCUGAUUGCAAAUUUCGACUCGGACUUGUUGUUGCAGCCUGAUUUGUUUCCGUGGAUGACACGUCUAUAUCGUGCGACGGCAGGCACGCGAACGCUCUAUUCCGGAUUUAAAAGUUGGUUUUUUGGCCCGCCUUUCGGGCCAAACUUGAUCUUCGAUCCGAAAACCUACACACAAGUCGUGCGUCACGGCAUGCGCAAGAGCUGCCGUGCGAAACAAGAGCCAAGAUGCACUCAGUGGGAUAGUUUCGUGCUGGAAGCUUUGUUGUCAUCUACACAUACAUCACCGGACAAGGAAGUCGCUUCUCCGAAGAAAGCUGCAGGAGUACGCCGUAAGGGACAGAUGAAAGCUACACAAGAAGGAACGUCGGAGGUACAACUAUUAUCUUCAUCCCAGAGUACUAAAGAAGUACAAGAACUAGAGACGAGGAAAAUCAAUGGGUGGAAAAAUGCUGGUAUCGGUAUCAAGGCUAGGAAGCAUGCACCGGCGACUCCUGUCGUCGCUAACCAGGAAAGAAUAAACCGUGCGCAUCAAGCGAGACUUGCGACAAGCGUCCUACAACGAUCUAGAGUGCCACAAAAACGUCGACUUGUCGAAGCUGCUUCAUUAGCGCGUCUGCCCCGAAGCGUCGCUGCCAUGAAUUUACGGCUCUCUCAACAUCAUCAAGCAAUUUUAAUGUAAAUUACACUUCUAUCAUAUAGUACUAUUACACUUCUAUCUGCCCGGAUGAAGAUGCUAGUAGUAGUUGUACUGUACACUUGUCUACAGCUUCAUGAAAGGCAUUUCUCAGAUCUACGAACCGAAUCUCUUGAAUCUAGGAAAGUAGAUCUGGCACUAGUAGGGCCACCACUGCGAUAAUUAGUUCGCUUGGUGUAUGCGCUUGGGUUCGUAUUUACUACACUUGUCGACUAACUUUUUCCCUGUCCACCUACCUCUAAUGAACAGCAUCCCAGUUUUCGGUCUAUGCAAGCCAUCCGAAAGCAGCGACGUCCUCCAUUUGCGGACACGGACAAACAAAGACGCAGUCUUACACCUAAAUAACGAAAACGCGGUUCAUUUUGGUCUGGACCCGUUCAACGCUGCGAUACUAGAUUAAGACUGGAUUUUGUUUGAGUUUACUUAAGACAGUAUUACUUCUAUCCAGUACCAGUAUACAUAGAGUGAAGACGUGCCAAAUGAAUUAUUGGGAAAUCAAUCUCUUAGUAGACAUGAAAGAGUCUGGGCAUGAUGAUCAUUACCAUAUCACACAUCAGGAUCACCAGCAUAGCAAGGAAUUUAGAAUAAAGUUCAAGUCUCUAACUUCCCAUCCUAUCAUCUUCCGAACAAGCAGACCCGGAACAACAUGGUAGUAGUAGUCGAGCUAGAGCGUCCCAGAUCUUCCAUUGGGCAGAGGAUAUGUGGGCCUAUGACCCACAGAAGGGUAAGGACCUUGACGACUGGACAGAGCACCUCCAAUCUGUAGCUAAAAUGCGAAGACUCGCGAAACCCAUUCCGAUUUCGUAUGUUGAUGUUGAGACGAACAAGUAGGUGCAAAAGACGGGAGUGGGUGUGUAGCUCGUCUGAGAAGAAUGUUUUUUCAACGAACAUAUUGUAGAAUGAUAAAAACUAGACUGAUGUUGGAUUCUAGAGCAGCAAGCUAGACAAAAACCGUGCCAAAUUGACCGAAAAAAGCGGUAUGUGUGCCACUGCGCUGUACUUGCUCAGAUGGCAAAAAAUCUCCAGGUUCACGUCAUCAAAUCAAAAAAAAAUUUAGCAAUGCAGAAAUGAAAUUGCAGAGUCAAAGAUCCCACACAUG